CACUUCCCACCCGAGAACUCGCCAGAUAAUAAUUCACCGGCGUUCGUUGAUCCGCCGCCGAAGUGGCGGGACUGACACCGGGGAGCUGAAACCUAGCGCCGUGGGUUUGGGGCUGGUUGGUGCCUUCCGUGGCGGCUCUGCGGCGGUGGGGCGGGUGAGAAUUCGGUGUCCGAUGAUGGUGGUGCUGCAGAAUGGAGCAGAAGCUGACCAAGGCUGUCUCAGGCUCCUAAUUAACUAGAGCAUACGCCCGCAAAUGGUCGACGAGAUGCAGCUGCUAGUCGUUCAGAACCAGAAUUGUGCGGGCGCAUAGCUCCCUUCAAGCCCACACAGGAGUGGCACUUUCAGUUCGCCCUGACCAUGGGUGGCGUCUGUUCAAGGAAGAGUAGCCAAUUGGUGGAUGAGGGCGACUCUGUCCAGACACCGACAGGGUUCUCAAAGACCACCAGCUUCAAAUGGCUGCUGCUUACGCUGCCCCGCAGCAGCUCUGAUGUCUCCCGUAAGGGACAGGGGAAGGGCCCCGGCCGGUGCCCGUCGCUCAUGGAGCUCUGUGUGGCCAAAGUCUGCAAGGAUAUCAGUAAGUAUUCUACUUUUGCUAUGCUGCCGAGUGAUCUCAGCCAGCAGAUUUUCAGUGAGCUGGUGGACUCAAACUGCCUCACCGAGGCAUUGCUUGAAAGGUUUCGGGAUUGCGCACUUCAUGACAUAUGUUUGGGGGAGUAUCCUGGAGUUAAUGAUGCCUGGAUGGAAGUAGUGGCUUCACAAAGGCAGUCAUUAUUAUCCGUUGACAUUUCUUGCUCUGAAGUUACGGAUAGUGGCUUAAAUUAUCUUAGAGAUUGCUCAAACAUGCAAACCUUGGGAUGUAAUUACUGUGACCAAAUCUCUGAAAAUGGCCUUGGAGUUUUGUCAGGUUUCUCAAACCUGACAUCUCUAAGUUUCAAGAGAAGUGAUGGUGUUACUGCUGAAGGUAUGAGAGUGUUUGCAAAUUUAGUUAAUUUGGUAAAUCUUGACCUGGAGCGAUGCCUGAAGAUUCAUGGUGGCCUUGUUCAUGUGAAAGGCCUCAAAAAACUGGAGUCGCUUAAUAUGAGAUAUUGUAACUACAUCGCGGAUUCAGAUAUCAAGUAUUUAUCAGAUCUCACAAAUUUGAGGGAACUGCAAUUGUCUUCUUGUAGAAUUACAGAUCUGGGUGUUUCUUACCUUAGAGGCUUGUCCAAGUUAACUCAGCUAAACUUGGAGAGCUGUCCAGUGACUGCUGCUUGUUUGGAGGCUAUUUCAGGAUUGGCUUCAUUGAUGUUGUUGAAUUUAAAUCGGUGUGGCAUAUAUGACGAAGGCUGUGAAAGUUUUGAAGAUCUUAAAAAUUUGAAGGUCCUAAAUUUGGGGUUUAACCAUAUUACAGAUGCUUGUUUGGUGCAUUUGAGAGGGUUAAUCACUUUGGAGUCCUUGAACCUAGAUUCAUGCAGGGUUGGAGAUGAAGGUCUACUGCACCUGAAGGGCCUCGUGUUAAUGAAAAGCUUGGAGCUUUCUGACACUCAAAUUGGAAGCAAUGGGCUCCGGCAUCUUUCUGGCCUUCGGAAUUUGCAAAGCAUCAAUCUCUCAUUUACAUUGGUCACAGACACUGGCAUGAAGAAGAUCUCUGCGUUGAAUACACUGAAGUCAGUUAAUCUUGACAAUCGCCUGAUAACUGAUGUUGGCUUAGCAGCACUUACAGGUCUUACUGGGUUGACUCAUCUUGACCUUUUUGGAGCUCGGAUAACGGACUAUGGGACAAACUGCCUCAGAUAUUUUAAGAAUCUCGAGUCACUUGAACUAUGCGGUGGGUCAAUCACUGAUGCUGGAGUGAAGAAUAUCAAGGACCUCAAAACUCUGACGCUUCUCAACCUUUCUCAAAAUGCUAACCUAACAGACAAAACUCUGGAGCUGAUUUCUGGGUUGAGUGCUUUAAUAUCCUUGAAUGUCUCCAACUCUCGGGUAUCCAACGCCGGUCUCCGUCACGUGAGGGCGCUGCAGAACCUGCGAUCGCUGACUUUGGAUUCCUGCCGAGUAACAGCAAGCGAGAUACGGAAGCUGAAGGCGACGGCGCUUCCCAAUCUGAUAAGCGUUCGUCCUGAGUAGUUGGCACCCAAGACCUGUAAAUAGUUAUCGGACUGGAGCGCUAGAUUGCAAGGACCUGGAGUGAACAUAAUUAUGUGUAACAUAGGUUGUUAGAAAACAGCCAAACAGUUACCGCUACAGUACUACUAUGGAUUCUUGUUUUGCUCGUGAGGCCCGAGCAACCUCCAAGGCACGAUGGGAAGGGGCAGGAUUGUGAGUACUACGCUUCCUCGCCAUCUGGGGUUAUUAGUGUCUGAUAUGGAUAUU